UCCAUCUAUCAACGUAUGUCUAUACUUCUUGAACGCGCGCAAACGGAAAUUGUUGUUGUUUGCUUUGCGAAGUUUUCUGAUUAUCAUUAAUUUGAUUUGUUCUAUUUGGUUCUUUUGUGUAGCUUAUUCAUUUUUAUUAUUGUGUCGAUAGGGAUCUUAACCCUAUAUACCCCAAUAUUUUGUGCAUCAAAAUAAAGUAACAAUGAGUACUCAAGAUUUGCAGGAAACAACGAAGAGUGCUAGAAAGUCGCUUAAAACCUUACAACAUACAGCUACAGACAGAGAAAAUCUAGUGGGUAGAUCAACAAAAUCUCUAAAGCAUCAACUUAGCCAAGAAUCCCUCGUGGAUAUAGAAGUGAAAAGAAAGAACUUAUUGUCAAAGGAAACUCAGGCUAAUCUUGAUACUAAAAUAUCUGUUGAAGACCUUACAAACCCUGAAGCAUCAGAAAAAUAUUGGAAAAUCUUGGCAGAGAAACGACGAGUUGCUUUAGAAGAGGCCUUGGAUGAAAAUGAAAAGCUUCAUAAAAUUAUUGCUGAACUCAAGAAGGAGAACCAACAGACAAAACAAAUGUUAGAAGAGGCCAAUUCCUUUAUAGAAGUUAUUAAGGAGGAGCUAUCAAACACGAAUGAUGACACUGGCAUUGACGUUAAUGAUGUCAGUACUUUAGAUGUAACCGAAGAUGAAAUAAAAACCAAUGAAUAAUGUAGGUAAAAUAUAGUAAGUAUUAAUUUCAAGAUGUGACAAUUUUCUAGACUGAUUAUUAUGUUCUAAAAGCUAGCCUGUUCUUAGAAUGUAAAUAUUUUUAUAU